GUCCGCCCUACGAUGGUCCUUUCCUUCUCAGCCUCAGUUUUCUCUACGAUUUGCAGAGAAAAAGAAAGGAGGAAAAUGUGAAAUAGUAGAGCCAGGCCUCCACGUGUCAGCAGACGGUACGCGGCGAUAAGGAGGGCAAAACGGCAAAUCCGGGUGGUGGAGACCGGCUGAGUAGCAAUGGUGGUUGCUAGCGUGUUGAGAGGCGGUGUCCUUGUGCGUUCUAGCUGCAGCCUAGGUGGUUGUCCUUCUCUUGCGCCUUCCCUACUCUCUUCACGCCCUCCCGUUUCAUCUUUCCCUUCGCCGUUCUCCGGUUAUGAAAUAAAAAUAGCAGCAACGGCGAGAAAGAACGUGCUUUUGUUUCCCUUCUUCUGCACCCAAGUGGAUUCUGCUUCGGCGUUGACCUUCUCAUCUUCUAUUGCUCAGGCACCGCCAAUACCCCCUACAGAUCAGGCAAAGGAUGGUUCUAACUUUUCCACUACACCUUCGUCCUCCAACGACCCAUUAAAGGACGCGGUAGACAUGCUAGACAUCAGAGUUGGGCGCAUACUUAAAGCUUGGAAACAUGCAGAAGCUGAAUCUCUAUACGUGGAAGAGGUGGAUGUUGGUGAGCCAGAGCCCAGAAUCAUCUGCAGCGGCCUCGUCAACUAUAUACCUCUAGAACACCUUCAGGGAAAAAAAGUAGUUGUCCUUGCUAAUCUGAAGCCGAGGAAUAUGCGCGGUAUCAAGUCAUGUGGAAUGCUUCUGGCUGCUUCUGAUGCGUCACAUGAGAAUGUUGAGCUUCUUGUGCCUCCAGACAGUUCAGUCCUUGGUGAAAGAAUAUGGUUUGGCACGGAAGAAGAAAAAGAGAACCAACCUGAUGCUGCCACACCCAAUCAGCAUCAAAAUUUCCUACGGCAAAGGAUUCAGAAGAAAAAGGUGUGGGAGUUGGUGCAGCCCAAUCUAAAGACAGAUGGUUCUUGUGUUGCUACACUUGGGGUGCAUUUCAUGCGGACAAUGGCAGGUGUUGUGGUGUGCAAAUCUCUGAAGAAUGCAAGAAUAUCCUAAUCUAGGAAUUUUAUGCAAACAUGACAGCUUCUUGAUGAUGCCCAUCCAUCUAACUUGCCGUAGCAAACUUCUUGAACUAGUUUGUGGAACAUUGAUUUGGUGCAUGGUAUACUGUUGUUCAGGGGCAAAGAUUCUCUGGUUGGUUCGGUUCCUGUUAUUGUAAAUUUGGCAUGUGGCUGUGUUACCUUAGAAAAUGGGUUAUCUAUUGUAAUGAGUAGUGAGCUUUGGAGCCCGCUUGUUAUUGCAAGUUUUUUCAUAUGAAAGAACGAGAAGACAGGACUUGGUAUUGCUUCUAAUGGGCACGAGAGCUCCAGAGACCUAAAAAGAUUGGAGGCCCUUAUAGCCUAUUUGGCUAUGGGUGUAUGCUUUUUUUAUUUUUAUUUUUAUAAUUAUAAAAAAAUAUUAGAGAC